AUGCUGAUCUCUACUGGACAGUCAUGGUUCAUCGGGUAUAUGUCCCUUCAGCUCUUGUUGCUGUCUUUCAUUGCGGCCACUUCAAGCUCAGUGAAGCGCUUGCGCGAUUCAAUAGACGACGAGUUCCCCCCUCUCCAGCUUCUUGCUCCAACGUGCGCUGCGCAUGCGCAAUGGAAUGUUGAUAGGAUACACAAAGAUGCAGAAUUCCGACAGCGUCAAUUAGACCAGAAAUUAUUCGAGGAAUGGUUGAACGAUGAGCGAUGGAAGAACGAACCAUUGGCCGACUGCGAAGCUGUCUGUGCGGAGCGUGCUGCUGAUUUAGUUUACAGCAUUGCUUGGUCCCUGGCAGAUCCUUGCAUACACGUCAUGGACACACAGGACUCCGCAUCCUGGGAUAUCUUCUUCCGACACCCGGUAGAGCCACGGGAGGAGUCGGAUGGGAGCAGUCAUGUGUGUCUAUGUAAAAUCGGAAUGGCCUUGCAGCGAGUGAUCACACGGCAUCCGCUUCAAUCAGACGAUGCGAGCACCUCUGCAAGCACUUCCUCUCCUUCGGCCCCUGUCUUCGACAAUGAGUAUUGUGAAUUGUGGAAGAUGCCAGUCCGAAUCAUCGAUUCCGAAAAAGUGCUUCAGCGGCAGGCAUGGUACCCCAAGCCUUCCUACGUAGGCGAUCGCACAACUCACACCUUGCAGGAUAGAGGUUGGCAAAAGAGCAAAAGCUUCAACAGCCGCGUCAAAUGCAAUGCAAAAUUUCAGCCUUUCUUAGCCUACCGGAACGGGGCCAUCAAGCCUGAUGGUCUUCUUCUCCCUCACUCGAGCAACUGCACCAUCAAAUUUCACGGUGGAAACGGAUCACAGUCAAACUACGCCAUGCUCUGCUGCAAAGGAGACCACAUGGCUCUGAUCAUAGAGCGCAUUAAUCUCUUGCACUCAACGAAUCCAAGAAGUGAUUACUUUAAACACAUUAGCAACACUUACCAAGAUCUAUGCACGCAGUUUGGAAUCCCUGAUUCGAUUGCAAACCUCAUCGCAGAGAAAACUGGUUCAGAUAUAUUGCUGGGAUGGCAGUGGUCUCAAAUGAAAUUCAUGUAA